AUGACUGAAAUUGAUGUGUAUUUGGCACUAAAGAAUGUACCAAACGUCAAUUCAUAUUUUGAAUCACUUAAUAAGUCUCUUGACGAACAUUUAAUUACGCCACAACCAACACUUCCAUUAGACUUGUCCACUUUAGACUUCGAAACAUCAAUUCAAAAAUUGAAUGAAUUUUUAACAUUAGAAGAAAUUUGUGAAGAGAAUUGUCUCACGUUUUCAAAGUCAAUUAAAAGAGUUUUAGCAGUACUUUCUGAUGUGACUUCUCUUUGUAAAUUGGUUAAAGCGAAAUGUGAAGAAGACGGUAAACACAUCGUUACAGCAAGAAAUACCGCAAUUCAAAUGGUUAUUGAAAAAGAGAAAUCACGAUGUGACAAAGAGCUUGCAACAAACACGUUAAGAAAAGCACAAAUCAAAGUUGAUUUUGAAGACAAAGUGAGUGAACUUACACAAAAAAUGAAAAAUUCCAUUUUUCCUUUAAAUUUUGAUUAUAUGAAUUUUUUUGAUAAAAUCGAACCACCAAAAAUUGUCGUCAAUCACAACAUAGUCGAAAAUUUAAUACCAACUGUAAUAACAGCAGAAAAUUCUUUAAAAGUCGAUCAACUUGAAAACCUUGAAAAUGACGUUCAACAACCAAAAUUGCUAAAGGUCUUUAAAUCAACACAAACAGAAGAUUGUAACACAAAAGUUAUAAAUUUGGAACACACAGAACACGUCACAAAAAAUACAAAUUUAUUCCCUUCAAAAAAUUUCAAUCAAAGUGAAACAAUCGACAAACAAAACGAUAUGAACAAGCAAAAAAAUACUCACGACAAUUUAUCGGAUAAAAACACGUUGAAAAAUAAAGACGAAGACAAACACGAAAAAAAGACUUUAGUAUUAAAAAAAGUGAACACCGACCCAAUAAAUAACGGAUUAAAAUUACAUAGUGAAUCCGACGAAAUUUCCGAUAUGUUGCAUGAAAACUUUUCUCAAUCCGUUCCCCAAACAACAAGUGACGCUUUUAAACCUUCCAACAAAGAAAACACCGAAAAAAUGAAAAAAUCCGAAUUUUCACUCACUGAGGAAGAUUUAAUCGACGACUUGGACUUUCUUCCUUCAAAUCCGUUUGUUCCCACCGAAGAUUCCAAAGACUCCAAAGAGAAAACUUUGUCGGAGAUUUCGAAAAAGCAUCCAGAAUCUUCUAAAAGUUCGAAAGAGUCGCGAGAAGACACCGAAGUGAUGGGCGGGCAAUUACCACGUGUGAAGGAUAAGAAGUGUUACAUCAGUCCGGGUGUGCUGACGAUGGAAGACAAAGCACAGAUCUUUGCGUGGAGUCGGCGAAGUGUGGGAAGAGUGUUAUUUGACUAUGCGAGCGAUCUUCCUAAAAGAACGCCAAAAGCGCUUGUGGAGAACUUGAAAGGUGUAAGGGGGUUUGUUAUAGUCAUUUACUCGCAAGACGCUAAUAACGUGUUUGGCGUCGUCGUGACUAAACCCGCUGAAAAACCGGGAUUUUUUGUGAGAGACGAAAAGUGCUGCAUUUUCUCAUUGAAGCGGGAAGGAAUCGUUAAAAGAAAAAAAUUUGAGAUUUUGAGUGACUGCGCAAACUUCGCAUUUCUUGUUGGGAAAGAGAGAAGCACUAAGUUCUUCGAUGUCGGAAAAGGAGAUAUCAAAAUUUGGAGAAAUAAAGAGGAGAAGUUGAUUUCGGCAAGUAAAAGGCGGUCAUUUGAAUAUGGAAAAGAAAGUAAGACAGUCACUGGAAAGAAUGAAUUGUAUGAAAUAGAAAUUCAGGGAUUCACUGUUUUUGAACUUGAAAAGGAGUGA